UAUAUAUAUAGAAUGCCAAGUGCCCAACAUAAAGAACGUUUUAGUUAUUUUUCAUCGCUAAUUAUCAAAAGAAAAAAAAUUCUAGUAAGAUUCUUAUUACUAGUAUUUCAAUUCCCAAUUUUCAUACCUUCUUCUAUAGCUGCUAGCUAGCUCCUCCACCUCCUUGCAUUGACAAUAUGAUCAUGAGACCGUUAUUGCUUUUGCUCCAACUCUUCUUCUUCUUCUUUGUGGCGGCGAAUUCUUCAACCGCCACGACAGAUGACAGCAUUGUUGCAGGAGCGGCAGCGGCGGCGAUAGAGCUACAGAAUCACACCGGAAUCUCGGAGUUCCGGUUACUGAACAGAAAACGUCUGCUGGAGUGCCACGACCCCAACCCUUACCUUAAAUUGUGGGUAGAACUCUCCAAUGACAAUACAAAUCCCAACCAGCUUUCUGAUGAAGAAACUGUUACAGUUCAUGUUGAUGGAGUGAUGCUUCCCUCUUCAACCGACUGGGUUGCCCUGAUUUCUCCUUCCCAUUCUGAUGUUUCAGAUUGUCUCUUUAAUUGGUACAAGUACAAAGAGACCGGAGAUUUUAGCAAACUUCCUUUGCUUUGCCACUAUCCUGUUAAGGUAAUAAUUAUUCCUUAAUUACCGCAUUGUUGUAUCAUCAUUACACUUCAACUUUAAUUAAGAUGGGCAAAUAAGCAAAUUAAAGUCCUCGACUCUUUCUUUUCCUCCAUUACUUUUCACAUUACUUUUUCUGUCUUCAAUCCAAAGCCAAAUGUGCUACUUGAGUUCUUCUUUAGGUGAACUUCAAUCCAAGUCCACCAUUCAUUAUUAUUAUUAUUAUUAUUAUUAUUAUUAUUAUUAUUAUUAUCAUCAUCAUCAUCAUCAUUAUUAUUAUAUUAUUAUUAUUAUCAUCAUCAUUAUCAUUAUUAUUAUUAUUUCUGUCUUAACUAAGUCUCUUACAAUGAAUUGGUGAUUAAAUCUAUUUAUAAAUUCAAUUUAUAUUCCGUAUAUAAGGGGGGGGGGGGAUCUGGUACAAAUUAAAGUGAUCUUACAUUUUAGAGUGAGCUGGUACAGUCGUACAGAGAUUUAUUGUGAAACUAAACAUUAUUGUACGUAAUACUAGAGUGAGUUAGCACAAAGAUUUUUUGGUUAAUAUUUUGUGUAUUUUUAGUAUAAAAAAAACAUACUAAUUGUGAGCCAUACUAGAAAGUGAUGUAAAAUAAGUAAUACGGAAUUUGCGUAUCAACUAAAAAAAUAUUUGUUUGACAAUAAAUUACUAGCUCACUCUUAAGUGUACGUACACAAUAUCUAUUGUGAGCAGAAAUAGAAAAGUAUGCCUAAACAUGAUGUAAAACAGUAAAUGUUUAGUUCUGUAUUACACGAAAGCUUUAAGGUAACAAAAUGGAGUCUGAUAGAGUAUUAAUUCUAGAGAGAAGUGAGAGCUAGAGAGAGAAAGUGAGUAAUUAUAUUUCUCAACUUGGAACCCCCUAUAAUUAGCCCCUUGGGGUCUAUUUAUAGGUAAAAAUGUGGAUUUGGGCCUCUAGCCUUGGGCUUAGGAGGCCCAUUACAAUAAUCAUGCCUUCUUUGGGCGAAAUAAGGCCACUAAUGGGCUGUGUACAAUACUUAGUAAAUACAAUGAAAAAUACAUUCUGCCUGGACGAAGUCCGGACGAUGCGGUCCAUGGACGAUGCGGUCCAUGGACGAUGCGGGUUCUGGGCUUUGCCCAAAGAAUCCAGGUGAUGUCUUCUUUCUUGGACGUUGCGUGCCCUUAGCCGAUGCGGGUGCCUUGCUGGUGUCUUUUGGGCCAUUGAGUAUGUGGGCCAUGGGGUCCAGGCCCAUAUACUCUAUCAGGAGUCCCCUACUCUCUGAGCUGAGGUAAAGCCGAAGCGAAAGGGAGUACUUGUUCCUUUCUGGCUGACUGUUGCGUGAGCCUAAGGUGCUCGGUGGCCGAAGAGGUCUUUGCCUUGGUUUUUAGACGAAGGGGUUUCUUUACUUGAUGGAGACGGAGCGCCUUUUGGGGAUUCAUCACCUUGAUGCUGGUCGAUGCGCUCCCCGUGGGCGUGCUUUUAGGACGAAGCGAUAUGUUCCUCUCUUCAUGGAUGAUGUGGUGAAUUCUGUUGGAUAAACUGGCCAGUUUCAUUGCCAUUUGUUGGGGCCGAAGAGCUCCCUUAUAACUUUUUGGCCGCAGCGAUAACCUUGUCUUAUGAAGUGAGGAAGGUUGAUUCCGUCUAUGUGGACGAUGCGAUGCACGCCUUAACUUGUCAUGCAGCCGAAGCGUUUCUGACUUGUGGGUUCUUGCUAUGGUGAGCCGACGCAGUCCCCCCAGUGUGCGCAGCCGUUGCGUGUUAGAUCUCACAUUUUGAGUUUUUAAUUUUGGGCUCUGUGGCCUAUGCGAUUCGUACUGCUAUUGAGGUGAAUUGUUCGCCUUUUGUUGUUGGUGAGCCGUAGCGCACCCUUUUAUAUUAAGGCCGUUGCGUUUUCUCUUCUUGUGGCCGAUACAGUCCCCUAGUCCCCCACUCCUUUGGCCGAAGAGUAUCUGAGGCACAAGGGAGUAAUGAGCCGAUUCGGUACCUAUGCGUUAGUCGCAAUUCCAACCCUUAGGCGAACCUGUCCAAGGUAACCCUGUGGGAGAACCCUUGGACGAAGGCCGCGAUACCAGGGUCAUCAUCAACGAUGCGCGCAUAAGCGGCCGUAGUGGUCUAUCAAGGUUUUUUGGGUCGUUGUGAGGACGGAGUUUAGGCCGAUACGUUCCCCUUUAUCGGAAGUAUGGGCCGAUGCCUGCUUUGGAGCUUCGUAGUAGUUGGGCCGUAGCGGUGUUCAGCCGAUGCCUUGCUCUUUGUAAGGUUGAGUUGGGCCGUAGGGGUGCCUGCAUGAGUGAUUUUGAAUUGGUGCUCCUUGAUUGGUUGGAGGAGAGGUGGCCGUUGGUGGAGCCAAUGGGAUGGCGCCACGUGUAGUGACCGUUGGAAAGGUCUCUAUAAAUACCCCCCCCCCCCCCCCCCUUCCGAAGUUGCUUCCUCAUUUGCAUUUGCUAAGUGUCGAAUUGCUGCUGAGAUUUCUAGAGAGAGAAGUGCUUCCCAGAAUCUUCCAAGUGUUUCUUCAAAUCUCCAAAUCUUCAAAGGUUAGACACUAAUUUUCCUUUGAUUUCUUCAUAUUUUGCUCCUUAGGGUGUUAGAUCUAGUGUUCUUUAGGAAAGUCACUUUGAUCCGAAAACUACCCUUAGGACGUAGCGAUAGUUGUUAUGCCGUUCGCUGACGGCCGUAGCGUCCCCUCCCCAAUUGACUUAAAAGCUUCGCUGAACGAAUCUGAUUGGCCUUUUGACGACGAGGACACAUCUCCUGGAGUCGAUCUAAGGGUGGAGGAGGCCUUCGAGGUUGAGAUGGAGAAUACUGCGGAUUACCGCACCUCUGUGGACGAGGAGCGCCUUAGUGAAGAUGCGGGUUCUCAACCGUCGGGUGAGGACGAAGCGAGUUCUGAGCCCAAGCUCCGAGAAAGCGAUGCGGGUGAUGCUUCAUCGGCCGCCAUCCCCUGUCCCCCACCUAUUUCCUCUGUGCCGGGUGGGGCGUCGUCCUCCGGGGCGGCGAAGAGACGCACCUCGCGUCGGCGGAAAGGGGUAUCCGGCGGGCUCUCUCAAUUGGAUCUGACGAAUCUUUACAUCAUAAGGCCGGAGAGCACCCAGAGCGAAUACCAUGUGGCACAGUUGUACGUAGGCCCUUAUGGAAAGGUGAGGGCGCCGAAGCCGACGGACCAUGUUCUGGAUCCACCUCCCGGUUACUUCAGAGUGUAUCCGAUGAGCUUCUCGCAGGGUUUAAGGUUCCCUCUACAUCCAUUCGUCGUGGAGUAUCUCCGCAUGAUAGACCUUCCACCUGCCUUAUUAACUCCGAACAGCUAUUCCCUUAUUGUUGGGUUCCUCAUCCGAUGCGAUGAGCUUGGGAUUGAGCCGACGACGGCGUUGUUCACGAACUUGUACCGGAUCGGUCGGGGCAGUCACGAGAACUGUGCUGGAUAUGCGGCCCUCCAGCAGUUGCCGAAGAAGAGAUCCUUUACUGACCACCCGUCGUCCAUUCAUGGGUGGAAGAGCAAGUUUUGUUUUGUGAAGCUGGCCGAUGGGGUGUUCUUCCCCUCCCAAGGGCACAACGACAUUUUUAAUUUGCACGUCCCACCCAAGAGUCCUGAGAUUGAUGCUCAAGUGGAGGCGUUCCUGAAGGGUGGGCCGCGGAGCGUCAACACUUACAUCACUGAGUUCAAGAUAGCCGCCCUCAGGAUGAUGCGGUACUAUAUUCCCGGCGACCCCGAUUGCGGAUUGUGGCCGAAAAUAUCUGGCUAUUAUGAGCAGGCCGACGGGCCCUAUUUUGGUGUUCCGGCCGAUGUCGAAGGUUGAUCCCUUUCCUUGGGCUCCAUUAUGGUUUGCUUUACUUAUUUUUCUAACUCUUUGGUUUUUGCAUUUGCAGACUUCACCAUGAGCCGGAAGAUGUUUAUGUCCCAGGCCAAGAAGAUGGUUGAUAAAGAGAUGCAGGCGGCUCGUCAGGCCGAGGCAUCCAAGGGUUAUGGUGACGGAUCCAAAUCUCAAGCCGACUCGGUGAAGAAGCCCGUGGUGAAGCGAAAGAAGAAGGCCGAGGAGGGUCAGCGCACCUUGGUUGAUACUGGUUUGGUGUCGGCUCAAGGGGCCAAGAAGACGAGGCCUAACCCCCCUCCAAGUGAUACUGCUACUGCUGAUGCGCAGGCUUCAGCCCAAGGAGGAGAUGUCUCCGACGUGCAGGUCAUUGAGGACUUGACGUUGAAGGAGUCAGCUGCUAUAGUCCCCUCCAAUUCUGGCGCUGUUGCCAAGGAAAGCACCCGCACUGGUCGAGAUCCGGCUACCGGCCUUUAUGAGGUGACGGUGCGGUACCCAACGAAGGGCGGGUUGUUCAAUGAGAAGGUGUCCGGCCAUGAUGUCCUCUUCCAGGCUAUCCCAGACGAGGAUAGGGCGUACCUGCGUCGACAGGGAAAAGAUGUGCGCCUCUUCGACGGCGGGCUGGACUACGUCGUCCAGGGGGCUUUUAUGGUGAUGGAGCAGCAGCGCCGGCAGGAGGAAGAGAUUACCCGUCUCCGGGAGGUUGAAAAGAGGGUGGCCUUGGCGGACGAAGCGCUCUCUUCUUUGGAACGGUUGCGUGUUGAGACCGGGUCCUUGAAGGAUAGGGCCGAUGCGGCUGAGAAGAGAGCCGUUGUUGCUGAAGAUGAGGCAAAGCGCCUCAAGGUUCAGUUGGAAGAAGAAGCGGCUGCCCGUCGGCUGGUGGAGGAAAAGGCUGUCAAGCUAGAGGCCGAUGCGACUGCGGCUGCUGAUAAAGCCAUUGAGCUUUUUAUGGCUGAAGGGUGGAAGGACGAGGCCCGGCGCGAUUGGAGUUAUAAUGUCGUGGCGGAGCGCUUUGAGGCGUGGUCGCAGGAGGAAGCCGGUCGAGCCUGCCUGAAACAGGAGUUCGAGGUCCGGUACGACCUCGGCCAGAGGCGUAUGCAGAUGUUGGUUGAUCGCCGUCUCCGCCGUCGUGUGAAAAACUUGAAGCCCAGGGGUAUCGGCCUUCCCCGGCUGAUGAAGGACCCCGAGGAGGAGUUGAAACUCCCACUGUCCGAAAGGCAACCCCCCAUUCUGAGUUCAGGCGAGGAGGACGGGCCCUGGACCGAGAGUGACGACUACCUCUUCCGGAGCUCGGCCAAGUCAAAGACCGCCGAUGAUGUUUAGGACGAUGCCGACAGUGGGGCUGUUGAAGGUGGCCAGGGACAAACUGCUUAGUGUUUCCUUGUACUUAGUUUCUUUUUACAUUCAUAGUUGUAGUCUUAAUGGCCGAAGCGCCCUGAUGAAUGUAACGGCCGAAGCGCCCCCUUGUGUACUUUGAAUCAUCGAUUAAUGACAACCCUUUUUUGUCUAAGUAUGGAUGUUUAUACUGUUCCGUCUUUAUAGCUUUUGAUGUGUAAACUGUUGGUGUCGCAUCGUCUCUAUAAUUAUUGCUUUUCAAGUUCUAAGUUUUUGUAAGUUCGGCCAAGUGUUGAACAUACCGCAGUAGUCUGAGAUGAAGCGGUCUCCUGAUAUUUCAAAAGAUAUGCCUCCCUCAUCGGGGACGAUGCGGUUUGAUGGUGUAGUAUGUUUGGACGAGGCACGCACCCUUGACUGUGAUUCGGGACGAGGCGCACCUUUUUGGAUAUGUUUCAGAAUUUGUCAAGUGCUCAAUCUUUCCUCCGGUGCGACGCUACGUCCCUUGCGUAUGUCCGCAUCGGCUGGCGCUCUGUGUACUUAAAUAGAACCUCCAAGGAUUUUCUCAAGUUUAGGGAAUUGUCCCGAAGUGUUGAAGAUGAAGCGACGCGUAGUGGUAGCGCAUCGUCUUUGCGGUGAUGUGACUUAAAAAAUUUUCUAAGUGUCAAGCUUCCUUGAUGUAGGUGUUUUCCUUUGGUUCGUCACUUGGGUUUUGCUAAUUGGAGACGAUGCGACUCACCUUCCAAGUGAUGGGGUGGUUUUGUAUAGUUGAAACUGAAGCGAUUAAACCUUGGGAUGUUGUGGUCGAGGCCGAAGCGUGUACUUCGUAUUCGUGUAUGGUGAUCCUGAUAUGUACUUAGCCGAUUUUGAGGCUUGGUUUUUGUGGGGAUUUUAUUUUAUGCUCGAGGCCGGCGGGUGCGCGGUCCGUCGGCUUCCCUCUUUUUUUUUUUUUUG